UCAUCCAUGUUUUCUAGAGUUAUCUUUUCAUUUUUGUCUGCAGUAUGAUUGCCUGGAAUCUAAUUUUUAUAGGAUAAUAAAAAAAAAAUAAUAAUAAUGUGUUUAGUUAUUCACUACUGAUGUACAUAUUCAAAUCUCGUCAGAUUCUUACAUGUACAAUGAUUCUACAAAAAGCACUUUUAGCGAUGAUGGUUCUACAAACAAGUCCAAAAAAAUUAAAAAUUAAGGGUUAAGUUUUUUAACCAUACAUAUGUUCUGUGCGGAAGUUAGAUUUUCAUAAAGAGUUACUAUUUGCAUUUUUUAAGCAUUUAUUAUUUAAGCGAACGGGAUAUAAACAGUGAUCACUUAGUGUCUGUACUGAAUUAUAACUGAAAGCUAAAUUUUAUCCAUGAUAAUUAUAUAGAUCUGUGUUUUAUGUUGAAGAUCAGAGCAGCGUUCGCAAUUUUUCUGAAUUGAAUAAAUAAAUAUGAUAGACAAUAAACAAGGACAAUAGGUAUGUGACUGUGAAAAAAUGGUUUUGUAAUAAUCAGGUGAAGUUAUGAAUUAGAAUUGUCUUGAUAAAUGGAGAAUUUGUAUGAUACAGCCACCCCUAUUCAACUAAGCUUGGUUAAAGUAAAGAAAAAAUUUGAAGCAGAAUCAGAAUUGCAUCUACAGGAAAGCUUUACUGACAAUAAAUUGGCUUUAGCACCCUCAAAUUCAUCUCUCAAUGUUUUUCAUUCCACUGAUUUGCUACAGUGUAUUUUAAAUAUUAAUAAAAUAACGAAUAUUAUUUCACAUAAGGACUUCAGCCCAGAAACUAAUGAGAAGAUUUGUACUAUGAUUCAAGAUACUAUUAGUCAUGAUUCUAUCUCUCGAAUGCAGCUCAUUCUUUCUCAAAUGGAUGAAUUAAAAUUUGAAGAGAAAUUAUUACUUUACCUGAAACUUCCAACUUCGUUAAUUAAUUCUAAUGUAAUGUGUGAUCCACUGAAGCAGCCAUUAAAUCCUUUAGGUAAUCGCUAUGAAAUUCAUCAAACUAUUAUGUGGAUUAAGACUCAUUUAGAAGAAGAUCCAGAAGUUUCUUUACCAAAACAAGAUGUUUAUGAUGAAUACAACAUAUUUUGCUCUAAAAACAACAUGAAACCUUUAUCGACAGCUGAUUUUGGAAAAGUUAUGAAACAAGUAUAUCCUAGAGUUCGACCUCGUAGACUUGGUACACGUGGUAAUUCUCGUUAUUGUUAUGCUGGACUAAGGAAGAAACUUAUUCUAAAACCUCCAACAUUGCCAUCUACGUAUGAUAAAGAUCUGGGAGGAGAUGGAGAAUAUAAUACAAAAGAGGAUAUGCUUGGAGCUGCUUCAAUAUUAAUUAGAGAAUGGGCCGAAACUUAUUUUAAUGUCAAAUUUCCAACACUUUGUACUCUUGGAAAAUAUCUGGUUGAUAACCUUUUUGUAGAUAAUCAAUCUUUAGCUGCUAUAUGUAUUAUGAGUUCUUCCGAGAAUUUUCAGUCAUCAACGAGAAAUACAGAUAUUGAUCUCGGAUCGCCUGAAACAACUGCCUCUGGAAAAAUUGCACAAUUCAGAGAUACUCAAUUGCUGUUACAACGUAAAAUUCAGCAACGUGAUCACAAAUAUCAAAUAUCUUGUAGUUCAGAGUAUGAAAAUAGAUACAACCGUCAAGUUAGUAAUAUGGAAAAAGAAACAAAGAACAGUAAUAGAAAUAAAGAUUCUAAUUCAAAUCAACUCGAGACUAAAAAUUUUAGAAAUAUGUUAAUGAAAAUAAGUAAGAUAAACAUACCUUCAUAUAAUCAAAAAAGGAAAAUUCGUCAAAUAAAUAAACGAUAUUGUAGCUCUCCGUUGUCUAUUUGUGAUAUGCGAAAAGUUCAAGCAGUCAAAUAUAAAGAACCUAAUUUGUCAGAUGAUAUGGUACCAUGGCGUGAAAAGAUUUUAAUGAAACAAGAAUCUUCAAACAAAACUCGAAAACGUGCUAACAGUUGUGCACCUAAUCUAUCUGAGAUUGGUGAGCGAAUACCGGAAAAGGCGUUAAAAUUUAUCGAUAAGGAGAGUAAUAUCCAUAGCUUCGCAUCCUCAGUCUCUUUAAAAUCUAUUAAUUCUUCAACUCCUAUCGAAAUGCAAACUAGGAAGACCCCAAUGAUAUUAGCUAUAAAUCCAAAAGUGUCCAAGAACACUAAAAGUAGUAACGAUCAGCCCUUGACAAGCUGUGAUAAAAAUCAAUCACUAUCUUCUAAAAAUUACUUUAAAUCGACCAGUCGAUCCGAAGGAUCCAAUUUACUAAAUAAGUCGAACCAAUUAUUCAAUAAUGAAAAUUUCUGCUUUUCGCAAAAGCAACUUCGCUUAAAAUGUGAUAAUAUUAUUGAAGAUUAUCUAAACAUUCACAAUUCUCAGGAACAAGAAGAAGAGUUGCUACAGUAUUUUCAGCAAAACAGUUCGUCUAGCUCAGACGCGGAACUAAGCAAAGUAAGUGAAGUCGUUGAUAUUAGUUCGAAGAGCUCAAGACAAGAUAAGGUAUCGCAGUUAAGAAUAAUUUUACAAAAUAAUCUGAAAGACUUGACACCAACGUCAUGUAAAUCUAAUAAAGAUGAAAUCCCGAACAAGCAGUUAAAAAAAAAAAAUAUAAAAAGCCUUCAAGAGAUUCCUGCUUCAUUCGUACAUCAAAAUGCCAAUCGGAGACACGUCAGUUUCGAUGUUAAAUUAACCGAGCAAUGCACUCAAACUACAGGUAAUAUCAGCAGCAGCAAUAUAAUUGCUGAUACUCUUGCCAGCAUCACUAUACCUUGUAGCCCAAACACACGUCGUCGAAUAUUCGACUUUACCCCCAUCUCACCAACUCCAAGUCAUUCUCCCAUAAAUUUCAGUGUUUCAAAAUGUAAUUCUGCUGACGGCAGUCCCUUUGUAUCACCACGAAACACGCCGAUACCUCGCUCACGCAGUAAUCUUCAAAGAAGUUCAAGCUGGCGAGCACGUUCUUCCCAACAGCAGAAUAUUCCACGGUCGAACUCGUCCUGCAACGUAGAUGAUUUUAUUGAACAAAAUCCAUUAAUAAUACCAGAAAUGACAGCAGUCUCAGCGAUAGGAGUGCUUAAUAAUGAGUCGUUAACGUUCACUAAUUCUUGUAUAACUCAUCCAUUUCUUUCAGACCUUACUUCUCAAGAACCACAGUUGCUUAUUAACUAUCCAAGUCAAGAAAAUCUUCAAGAAAUAAAAAAUGUCUCAAAUAAGCAGUUCCAGCCAACCGACAAAGAAAUCAGUGAUCUUUUGUUGAACGAAAAACAACUAUCAUUUUCUAAGGAUCAGUCAUUAUUUUACCGUUCUCAAUCAGUGCCCUUACAUCGAAUGGUCAAUCCAGCUCUACUUUCGCCUAUACUUACUCAUCAAUUAACUCCGACUCCUACUCCAACCCCAACGCCAACUUUAACUCCUACGCCUACUCCGACCCCAACUUCAACGCCAACUCCCAUUCCAUGUCUUAGCCUACCACAUAAACUUAAUAUACCCCAAGUUAUAACUCCAGUUCUUGGUGAUUCGAGCGACUUUAAUUCAAGUACCAUGCAGACCAAAUUAUCUCUUGACGACAAAUAUAUUAUUCCUAGCAAUUUGAAUAUGUUCGGACUAUUAAAUACAAGUAAUGAAAAGAUUGAUAUAUCACAUUCUCACGAUGCAAUUGAAUACGCAGAACAAGAAGAAUCUAAACAUGCGAUUAUCGACUCGGUUGAGAUUCUUAAUGAGACGGUCCUUAGUUCUGAUUUAACACCAAGAUGGUUUGGUGAUGAUGGUACUUGCGUCUCAAAUCAUUCUGUUAAAAGUAUCUCUUCUAGAUCAUAUCCAAACACGCCGUUACCAUUGACGAAUUCAUCUUUAAAUAAAAACUGUUUCGACGAUAAUAAUGUUUCCAAGUCUCAACCAAGUACACCUAUGCAUUCUUUGCAAUCAUUAAACUCUUCAUCAUGUUUUUAUUUGGGAAUAAAUGAACCUAUGCUCUGUAGCCCUACUCUCGGUCCAUUAUCUAUUCAAGAUAAUACUACUUGUCACAUAGGUAGUGCUUGCCCGACCAAUAAGGAGUGUAAUGUGACCGAUUUUUUAGAGCCAGAUCUACCUAAUAACGAGACUGAUGACUUGGACUCUCUAACAAACUUUGGUCAAUUACAAGAUGUCGAUACAUUGACACCGUUGUUCAGUGACGUUGUCGAAUCAAAUCAUUGAUUUUUUCGGUAUUCACUUUCGUUAUACCAAAAAAUAUAGACCAUUCCACAAAUUCGUACAGUGAGAAUUUUGAUUUUUAACGGUUGUCAACGAUUAUAAAAAAACGGAUGAACCAUAUAUAAAUAUCUCAUUACUUAUAUUUUUGACUUUUGUUUAUUAUCUAGUUAUUUAAAGUGUUGAUCAUUUUUUAAACUGAUAAAUUUUGUGUUAUAAUCAUUCGGUGUUAUCUUCUUUUUAAAAAAGUUUCAAUAAUCAGAUCAAAAUCAUUGUACAUAAUGAUUGCCUCAAUAUGAAUAGGUUGUAAUUUAUGUUGUUUUAUAAUAUACUGAUGUCAUAUUUUCUUACAAAUUAAAAAAUUACUGCUGUACGCAUAUAAAACCUCUGUUAUUUUCUUAUAAAGAGUUAUAGGAAACAUAUAACACAAAGUAUUAUUUCCUAUCAUUUUUAUGUAAACGAUACACCGGAGAAAGUAUAAGAUCCAAUAAUGAAAAUAGUUUUUUAUGUAUAAGAUGAAUAAAACUUAUGAAUGUUUUAUGUGUCAAAUAUUAUGAUAAUUUGGAACUGUAUAAUAUUUACCUUUAAAGUUUUAUUUAUUCGUUUUAUAAUUAAAUCGAUUUAUUUUUAUAAAAUUUUGUUAUCUAACAAGAAAUCUUGCUAUGCUUCAACGUUAUA